GUUCGCCUGGGUAAGACCGUCGCCCAACCUGCCUGAGGAGCCCAUCGCGGCCCCUUUCCUUCGCAGCGCUGGUCUUUAACGGAACUGUAAAGAAGGGGGACAAUUCCUUCGCGGCCCGCGGCUCUCCCUCCGGCAGCACCUGAGGCGUCGGGAACGGAAAAGGACGGCGGGAAGCAGAAGAAAUGUUCUUUUGAGACCCGAGUCUGGGUAUAUAUGAAAGAAAAUCCUCACCCAGGAAUCUCGACGGAGAGGCUCCCAUCUCUGUAAGCCAUUAGCCCAGAAGGUUUUGAGGAGUGGGCUCAGAUUUGAGUUAGUCCAUUAUUGACAGCUGGCCAGCAGGUGGUUCUCAAUGUGGUUGAGAUCCAGGAACAGAAUGAGCACAUGUUGCUGGUGUACGCCAGGUGGCGUUUCCGCCAUUGAGUUCCUACAGCGCUAUGCAUCCAGGACCCAGUCCAGUGAAUUCCAGACAGCAGAUGAUGACCUCUGCUACUGCUUAGAGUGUGUGACCGAGUACCACAGAGCAAGGGACGAACUGCCAUUCUUGCAUGAGGUUUUAUGGGAAUUAGAAACCUUACGUCUCGUAAAUCACUUCGAAAAAUCUAUGAAAGGAGAAAUCGAUGAUGAUGAUGAUGAAUUAUAUAUCAUAGACAACAAUGGAGAUGCACAACCAUUUGACUUUACUGGCCAAGACUUUGAAAAUAAGCUCCGAGUUCCUCUUCUCGAAAUCCUGAAAUACCCUUAUCUGCUUUUACAUGAGCAUGUUAACGAGUUAUGUGUUGAAGCACUUUGUCGGAUGGAACAAGCAAAUUGCUCCUUUCAGGUUUUUGAGAAACAGCCCGGAAUCUAUUUGUUUUUGGUCCAUCCCAACGAAAUGGUUCGUCGUUGGGCUAUCCUGACUGCAAAAGGCUUGGGAAAAGUGGACAGAGACGAUUAUUAUGACUUACAAGAGGUUUUGACUUGCCUUUUUAAAGUCAUUGAGUUGGGGCUUUUAGAAAAUACAGACAUUUAUACUACUUCUGUCCUUGAGAAGGGUAAACUGAUCAUCCUGCCCCCACACAUGUAUGACACGUCCAACUACAAGAACUAUUGGUUAGGUAUUUGCAUGCUGCUGACCAUUCUCGAGGAGCAAGCCAUGGAUUCACUGUUGUUGGGCUCAGACAAACAGAAUGAUUUCAUGCAGUCAAUACUUCACACCAUGAAGAAGCAGACAGAAGAUGAUAGUGAAGAUCCUUUCUGGCCAGCAUUGCACUGUUUCAUGGUCAUUUUGGAUCGCCUGGGAUCUAAGGUCUGGGGUCAACUUAUUGAUCCUAUUGAGGCCUUUCAGACCAUUAUCGACAAUGCAAGCUACAAUAGAGAGAUCCAGAAUAUACGAAACAGCUCUGUGAGGGCCAAGUCAGAACCAGAGUCGUGUCUGGAUGAUAUGGUGACUUGCAGCCAGAUUGUGUACAAUUUUAACCCAGAAAAGACCAAAAAGGAUUCAGGGUGGAGAUCAGCCAUUUGCCCAGAUUAUUGUCCUAACAUGUAUGAAGAAAUGGAAACAUUAGCCAGCGUGCUUCAGUCAGAUAUUGGUCAAGACAUGCGUCUUCACAACAGCACAUUUCUGUGGUUCAUCCCUUUUGUUCAAUCCCUCAUGGAUCUUAAUGAUUUGGGUAUGGCUUACAUAGUAGAGGUCAUUCACCAUCUGUACUCCCAAGUCAAAGAUGUUCUCAACCAAACAGCUGUGAUGUGUGACAAAGUCACUGAAUUUUUUCUACUAAUUUUGGUUUCGGUGAUUGAACUACAUAGAAGUAAAAAAUGUUUGCAUUUGCUGUGGGUUAGCUCCCAGCAGUGGGUAGACGCCAUUGUGAAGUGUGCCAAGCUUCCCACUACUGCAUUUGCACGAAAUUCUGAGAAGUCAUCUGCCAAUGGCUCCAAAGGAGCAGUAAUGAUAACGUCUCUGUCACUGCAUUCAGUGCCAUCUAACUCUGUACAACUCGCUUGUGUGCAGCUGAUUAGAAGUCUCCUUAAAGAAGGUUAUCAGCUUGGGCAGCAGACUCUUUGUAAGCGAUUCUGGGAUAAGCUCAACUUAUUCCUGCGAGGAAAUUUAUCUCUAGGUUGGCAGUUGACUAGUCAGGAAACGCAAGAAUUACAAACUUGUUUAAAGCAAAUUAUUAGAAACAUAAGACUCAAAAUGCCUCAAUAUACUGCUUUGGCAGAGCUGGCUCCUCCAUGUAAAACCUCUCUUGCCUCUAAUGGUAAAGAAGAAAGUGAACAAAUAGGGAAGGCGUGUGAAAAAGACAUCCCCUGUCUGGAAAGUUGCAGCCCAACAUGUUCUAAAGAAGCAAUGAAAGCUGAUGUAUGUCAAGAGCAAGGGAGUAGUAUAGUAAGCAAAGCAAGUAACACUAUAGAAGAAGAAGGUAAUAAGCAAAAUUACAUAAAAGAUUUGAAACUAGAAGACCAUCUCUCAGCUGAGUCACACUUAAAGCAGAGUAGUAAAAACCUUUCCACUGAAAGAACCCAAGAUCAAGUUAAAAGACACACAAAGAAGCAGAAGUCUGUAAAAAAUAAUUCCUACUGUACACCACAGAACUGUACUUCAAGAAAUGAUCCAGAAGAGGGAUGUGACAGAGGAGUAACUAUGUCAGCACAUUUGUUGACUGAUUCUAACACUGAUUCUCUGGAAAAGGCACCCACAUCAAAAGAGGAUUUCUCCCUAAAGAAUGAUGUUGUUGGCAAAACCUCAAAAGCAAAAACUAAGGCACAGAAAAGUGACAUUUGUGCUAAGUUAUCCCAUGUAAUAAAGAAGCAAAACAGGAAAAGUGCCUUGGUCAAAAAUACUGUGGACUUAGAGGGAGACGUGACUGUCUCCGACCGUGAGAAUUUCUGUUCAAGGACAGAUACUGCAGGUCAGAAAGGCGAUGGCUGCAGACAGAACUUUUCUUUAGACCCUAAUGAUAGUCUGGAUCAUAAAAAUGAAAGACAGAAAUCUCAUAACAGUUUAUUGCUGAAAGAGUUGAAGAAGGAAAAGUUAGAUGUUCCUUCUGCCCAUGAAAACGAUUGUCAAAUACAGGAAUGUCAUGUUGAUAAUAAAGAUUUUAACUCAUUUACUUUCAUGCCUAAAACAUCUCCCUGUAAAGAUCCUGUGACUUUACUUGGAUCAAAAGAUAAGGAGAUUAAUAAGAGCACUGAUCGGGUUUCUUCUGACCUGAGAGAACAGGCCCCUAGCAGUCCUCAGUGUGACACCUUAACAGAUUCUCAGAUAGACAGAGACCUCCACAAAUUAUCUUUAAUAGCUCAAGCCAGUGUCAAUAAUUUUCCAUCAGAUUCAACUCAAAAAAGCUCAUCCCAAUUACAGAGAAAAGUAAAAGAUAAAAGAAGUUUCAGAGCCAACCACAAUCAUGUCAGGGAAACCUGCAGGGGACAAGUUAUUAUCAUUUCAGAUGAUGAUGAUGAUGAACAAAUUCCAGAUUUUGAGAAACACACUAAACAAGAGAAAAUGUGCAUUGAGAAAGAAUGGCCAGGGCAGGGUACUUCAAUAGCUAAUAUAAAUGUGGACAUGAAGCCAACAAAGGAAGAAAAGACAGAGGACUUUGAGGACUCUGGUUCUCAGGUUUUUGAGUUUGAAAGCCAACAGAAAGUGUUUUCAGUUUGGCAAGAUCAGAAACCACACAAUAGGAAUUCAGUUCAAGAGGAUGAAAAAAAUUCAUGUUUGACUUAUAUAGCAGAUAUCACAAAUGAUUGGGGUUAUGAUACAGAUUACCCUAUGUCUGAAGAAGUUACCAAAAAUGAAGCAGAUGGCACUGAGCAUGCAAAACCACAAAAUGGUAGUUCUGUUGAGGAAGUUUGUGAAAUUCAAGUAAAAAAACCCAAGAGAAAACAAUUAAAAAAAACAAUGGCUGAAGAUUCUUUAAGGCCUUCAUCUUCUGUCAGAAAUAAGGACCAAUCUGAUACUCUUAAUGAGAGAGAUCUAACUGGAAAUGACACUGAAAUUGCAGACAUAAGGACAUCGCCCGGUCCAGGUGUUGAGAAAGCCACUCCGGUUUCCCUGAAGAAGUCAUCUCCAAAGCAUCGAACUCACUCCAAAGUGGAUCGGAGAGCCUCAGUUUCUAAAACACCUAAGAAAACACAUUCAGAUACCAAAAAAGGGCAGAAUAAAGGUUCAAAUUACAUAAGUUGCAGGAGCACUCCUGCUAUCGUGCUACCAAAAAAACCUCGCCAGCGUCCUGAACCAACCUCAGUGGCUGAGAAGCUUGGUCUGAAAAAGGCUCCUCGUCGGGCAGCUGAGUUGUCUCAGCGAUCUUUAGACGGUAUAGAUAAAUUACGCAACCAUGGCAAAAUUGUUGGAGAAAUUGGUACCCCCAAAAAGACUAAACUAAUUUCUCCUCAGAGUCUUCCUGCGAAUGAUAAGAAACUGCUCGUGAGUCAAGAUCUUCAGUUUCAAAGGCAGAGGAGAGACAAAUCUCAUCGAAACAGACAAGGACUUUAUGACAGUGCAGACACGACAAGAGCUGGACCACAUGGGGCCCAGAAUUCUGACAGUGUUAUACCAGAUAUAGGUAGGUCAGAUGACAGUAACAAAGGAGGAACUGAGGUCAUGGCAAACAGUAGUGGAAAUCAGUCAAUAAAAUGUGUGUCUCCUGAACAAGGACCUGGGAAAGAAAAAUAUGUUUCUCAGGUGGCUGGUGAUGCUUGUCUUUUGAGCCCUUGUAGUUCUCCCGUGUUAAAUGGAAGAAUACCAACCAGUGAAAUUACGGUCUGUACUCCGGAGCACCCUUUAGGUGGUGGCAACCUGACUGGACAUCAUUUAGAGGUGCCAACUUGGAAAAGGGGACAGCUUGACUCCGACAGUGAUAUGGAAGGAGAUGAUAUCUUUUUAACACAACAUGAUCCCGAAGAUAUGGACUUAUGUUCACAAGUGCAGAAUGAUGAUGAUGGACUCAUUGAAGAAGUCCAUUGGAAAAGCGUUCAAGUAGAGGAUUCUGUAAAUCGGCCUCAGUCAGAAUCUUUGAGUAUCACAAGAUGUAAGUACAAAGAUUGUGUGGAAACUGUGAAAAGCCAGGGUGAAUACUGCUCAAAACACUCUGAAGCUAAAGCAGCAGAUGACGAUGUCUUUCGUAAACCUGCCCUGCCUCUUUCUGCGUCUAAACCUUUGAGACCUUCCACUACGAAGAUUUUUAGCUCAAGCAGUACUUCACGACUUGCUAAUUUUUCCAAGUCUUUGGAAAGUGCCCCGGCACCUCCAGGCCUAAGAAAUAAGUCAAAUGGAGGACAGCCUGCUUCAAAAGUACCACAGCCUGCCUCUCCAAAGCCAAGGGCAGAACCAAAGAGUAUAUACAAUAUUCAUUCUCCAACUCCAAAUAAUUCCAGCAGGCAAGCUUUCAAACUCCCGUUUGCUGAAAGCAGACCUUUUUCUUCUUCUCCGGUCAACAUGCUCUUAUCAUCACAGUCCAUCUCUGACACCUUUGUCAAAGAGGUCUUGAAAUGGAAGUAUGAGAUGUUUGUGAAGUUUGACCAAUGUGGGCCCCCAACAAGUCUUUGUCAGGCCAUCUCAAGACCCGUGCCUGUCAGAUUUCAAGAUUGUGGAGAUUACUUCGAUGUUUUCUUCCCUUUGUUGCUACUGAAUGCCUUUGAAACAAUAGCACAGGAAUGGAUCAACUCUCCAAACAAAGGAAAAUUCUAUGAGUUGAAGUUAAGAAAAUUUCCUGCAGAAUAUAAAAAAUACUGGGAGUUUGUGGUUUUUCUUGAGGAAUAUGAACUGUCUAAACAGCUUCAUCCGAAGGAGAAUGACUUGGUGUUUUUGGUUCCUGAGAGACUGAAAGGCGAGAAGAGAGAUAUGGAGCGGAAUUCCAUCCCAGCCUCCCGUGACUAUCACUGUGCUUAUGUCCAGAAAUUCCGCCGCACGCCAGUCAUGCAUAAUGGGAAGUAUGAGUGUUCCCUUUCUAUCCAGACGCAGGAUAACUUCCCAGUCAAAUUAAAUGAAACCGUGAGAUGUGUUGUAAUCAGUUCUCUGGUAACUACACAAAGGAAGUUGAAAGCAAUGUCUUUGUUGAAUAGUCGAAACCAACUGGCCAGAGCUAUUCUGAAUCCAAACCCCAUGGACUUCUGUACAAAAGAUCUACUAACUACAACAUCUGAGAGAAUUACGGCCUUCUUAAAAGAUUUCAACGAAGACCAGAAGAAAGCGAUAGAAACCGCGUAUGCCAUGGUGAAGCACUCCCCGGCAGUUGCCAAGAUCUGUCUGAUUCAUGGGCCACCUGGAACAGGGAAAUCAAGAACCAUCGUUGGCCUCCUGUACCGCCUGCUGACCGAGAAGAGGGGGCAGCUGGAUGAAAACUCCAACGCCAAGAUCAAGCAGAACCGCGUGCUUGUGUGUGCGCCUUCCAACGGAGCUGUGGACGAGCUGAUGAAAAAAAUCAUCCUCGAAUUCAAAGAAAGGUGUAAAGAUAAGAAGAACCCUCUGGGAAACUGUGGAGAUAUCAAUUUAGUACGUCUGGGUCCAGAAAGGUCUAUUAACAGUGAGGUCCUAAAAUUCAGCUUGGACAACCAAGUGAACCACAGAAUGAAAAAAGACUUACCUUCUUACGCUCAGGAGAUGCAUAGAAGAAAGGAACAUCUAGACCAUCAACUAGAUGAACUUUCCCGCCAGCGUGCUUUAAGCCGAUAUGGAAGAGGAAUCCAGAGGCACGAAUUAGAUGAAAAAAUUGCCCAAGUUUCAAAAGAAAGGCAGGAACUUGCGUCUAAAAUUAAAGAGGUUCAAGGGCGCCCACAGAAAACCCAGAGCAUCAUCAUCCUGGAGUCCCACAUCAUCUGCUGCACCCUGAGCACGAGCGGCGGGUUGCUGCUCGAGUCCGCUUUCCGGGGGCAAGGAGGCGUCCCCUUCAGCUGUGUCAUCGUUGAUGAGGCCGGGCAGGCUUGUGAAGUGGAAACCCUUACCCCCCUCAUCCACCGCUGCAACAAGCUAAUCCUCGUCGGAGACCCGAAGCAGCUCCCCCCCACCGUCAUCUCCUUGGAGCCGCAUCAGAGACAAGAGGCUAGAGAGAACCUACUCCAUGUGCGCUGGGCUUUUCCUUUGCAACAGGCAGAGUGCAGCUGUGUUAAGAGGGCGCAGGAGUACGGCUACGAGCAGUCCAUGAUGGCCCGCUUCUGCAAGCUGCUGGAGGAGAACGUGCAGCACCACGUGAGCGGCCGGCUGCCGGUGCUCCAGCUGACCGUGCAGUACAGGAUGCACCCCGACAUCUGUCUCUUCCCCUCCAACUACAUCUACAACAAGAGCCUGAAGACCAACAGGGGGACUGAGAGCAUUCGGUGUUUAUCAAAGUGGCCGUUUCAGCCCUACCUCGUGUUCGAUGUCAGAGACGGCUCAGAACGACGGGAAAAUGACUCCUAUGUGAAUGUUCAAGAGAUCAAAGUGGUGAUAGAACUGGUUAAACUUCUCAAAGAUAAAAGGGACGUGCGUUGCCGCACCAUCGGCAUAAUAACCCACUACAAGGCUCAGAAGAUGAUGAUUCAGAAGGAGCUGGACAAAGAAUUUGAAGAGAAAGGGCUGGCAGAAGUAGAUACUGUGGAUGCAUUCCAGGGCCGCCAGAAAGACUGUGUUAUAGUUACCUGUGUCAGGGCAAACGCCAUGCAAGGCUCCAUUGGAUUCCUGGCGAGUCUGCAGAGGUUGAACGUCGCCAUUACACGAGCCAAGUACAGCCUCUUCAUCCUUGGGCAUCUGAGGACCCUGAUGGACAAUCAGCACUGGAACCACCUGAUUCAGGACGCGCAGAGGCGUGGCGCCAUCAUCAAGACCUGCGACAAGAACUAUAAGCAGGAUGUCAUCAAGACCCUGAAGCUCAAGUCGGUGCUGCAGCGGAGUCUGACCUACCCUCCCCCUACAGCCCCCGAGGGCUCCAGCCCCCAGGGCAGCAGCCUGAUGAGGACGUGGCAGGAUGACGGCUCGAACCAGGCAUCCCUGGACGCUAGGGAGGCUGCUGGAAAGGACCCUGACCGGCCUCCUUUUAAGGACCAGCCUCGGGACCCACGCCUGUUCAGGAGGAUGGACGCCCCAGGGAACUGCCUACGGAACCCAGAGCCCUGGGGCCCCCAGCACCCUGGAGCAGCCUCCGCCUCCGGAGAGCCCAGCUGCCCUGCGACUCCCCAGGCUCUGGGCCACGCCUUGGAGCCGUGCACGGCCACAGGGAGCAGCCACAGGCCUCACGUGCCAUGUGACCCUCCUGCCGCCAGCGUUGACUCCACCAAUAAAAGUGACCAGAAAGGCGGUCACGGCCACCAGAGAGAGAGCAGGGCUUUCAGUGACAGGGACCAGGAGCUGCUCAGCCCUGGGAGCCAUCACCCCAAGAGGAGCUCCAGCUGGGACGAUGGGCGAACCCAAGAGGAGGACAGCGGUUCGAAGAAGAGGAAGCUUUAGUAAGCCGGGCGUGCGCCGUCAGCCGCAAGCAAACUACAGGCGGCUACGAGGACUGUCAGCUACAACUGUUUGUUCUCGAAGGAGUUUGGGUGCUAUUGGGGGACAUGGGAAGUGUCACUGAACCCUGAGCCUGUUGCUCAUCUUCAGUGCUUUUUGUCAGCUGCCAAAACUCCAGAGGGCGCAUGUGUUAGUAUAAUGCCCUGAAGUGCAGCUUACAACGUUGACCUCUUGUUCUUCUAUAAAGAGUUAGGUCAGACCGGAGCGAGUAUUGUAAAAGUUGAAAUGUAUAUUUGUAUAGCAAAUAGCAAAACCCUUUUAAGAUUUAA